CAGCCGCGAGGACAUGGUGUGAGUGGUGGGCGUCCGCAGAGACAUGUUGAGCACGAUGACGCAAUUCAUGACAAUGAGCGUGGCAACCACCAUGACGAAAAUAAGGUACCUGCGGAGCCCCAAAUGCGUGGCGUCACAGCUGCCCACUCCCCCCACCAUGGAGGGCGCCGCCCGUCGCCUGCGCUCACAGACACCUUCUCUCCGCCUGGGCUGGGGUCGCCCCCCAGCUGCGCACCCUCGGAGAGGCCAGACGUGUCCCCGGCCUUUCUGCCCCUCCUACCACCUAUGGCGGCCAUGAAGGGGACCCCCAGCUCCCUGGACACCCUGCUGUGGGUCUACCACUUCCACAGCUCCACGGAGGUGGCUCUCCAGCCCCCGCUCCUGUCUUCCCUGGAACUGUCUGUGGCCGCAGCCCAUGAGUAUCUGGAGCAGAGGUUCGGAGAGCUGAGGUCCCUGGAGCCCCAGCAGCCGAAGGAGCCGGGGAAGUUGCCCGACCCGAAGCCCACCCUGGGGCUGGUGCUAAGAGAAGCCGCGGCCGGCAUCGUGAGCUUUGGCGCCACCUUAUUAGAGGUGGGUGGACAGAAGGAGUCCAGGAGGGGGGCUAGGGCAGCGGGAGCAGGAACCUCCGAACUUCCACUAACCCCUAUACCCGCAAUGCAGAUCUCAGCCCUGUGGCUGCAGCAAGAGGCGCGGCGCCUGGACGGCGACUACGGCACCCCGGGCCCAGCCCCAGACGCCGGGGAUCCGGGUAGAGCGCUGGCCCGCGUAGCCCAGGCCGCCAGGCAGGGGGCUCUGCACGCCGGGGCUUUGGCGGGCGCCAGCGCCCGGCUCCUCGUCCAGGGGGUGAGGCUGUGCCUGUGUGGAUGGGGCCUGCAGGGCUCUGCCUCAUUCCUGCCACAGUGGCGACGGCAGCUGGGCCUCCUUAUCCCCCGGGAACUGAGAUACUCGAGAGACCUCAGGGUGGCGUCCAGCAACAGCGCGGAGGACGGGGGACCGGAAGAUCCCGCACCAUCCCAGCCCCACCCCGCGUCCAAAUAAAGCCCAGGAGGGGACGAGACAGCCAAAGCUGCUCCUAGAGUCGCUUGGUUUUGGCGGCGGCCCUACGCCGGCACCCCCUUUUGGCCCCGCCCUCACAUUGGCCACGCCCCCGGUGUGACAGCCGGGACCCAGUCCGCCCUCACCUGCCCAGCAGCGGCACGCUCAGAGACGUCUCUGGGAUUUUCUGGGCUAUUAGGAACAAGAAGACGGUCUGGGCGAGCAGGACGUUGAUGGAGACAGUGCAUUUCUGGCCGCCGGCUGGAGGGAGCGCCCAGUGAGAGCGGGCCCGCCUCCGGGAAUGAGACGGAUUUAGGGUCGGGGCGACUCCUUACCCUGCGCCGGCAGGAAGUAGGCGAGCAGCACCAGGCCCGAGAUGAGCACGCAGGGCACAAUGAUGUUAAUGAUGUAGAAGAGAGGCUUGCGGCGGAUGAUGAGCGUGUAGAUGACGUCGGUUUCCCCAGGGCUGUCUGCAGAGCUACCGUCGUGGUGGCGGAUCACCCCGGGGCAGAAGUCGAUGGCCCACUCGCCGUUCUCUGCGGGAGGGAAGAGGCAAGUGCGGUCGGCGCGCUCCGGAGGCUGGGUGCCCUGCGCUGCUUUCUGGCCGCACACCUGACCGCAGAAACCUGUAACUCUGGGCGGAGCGGGAGGAUGCCGCAGUCUGGGCCAGGGUAGACUGCCUGGGCCACGAGCCAUAAGAUGGGGGCAGAAAAGGGCAUUCCUGGGGAGGGUAUGGAAAAACCUCCAGCGAGAAGGGAGAACUAGAGUGACAGUCGAGAAUGAUUUCGGGAGAGGGGCAAGCUAAAAGCCCGGUUGCCAAAGUCAAUCCCCGUAUCGUUGGUCUGGAGCUACCCCACUCUGAAAUUCCCCUCUCUGGACCCCAUCUAGAAGCGGGUCUUUAGGAGCAGCAAGGGGCUUCACCAGUAAAGGCCGCAGUGUCGAUA